UAGUCACACUACAUCAUGUGUCACACGGAUCCCCCAUCCUCGAAAUCCCGGGUAAUCGAUCUUUUGAGAAGCAUCAACUACCGAUGUGUGCCGACGUCCAAUCCAUACGGAGCUGUCGGAAAUGAUCGUCGGUUGGAGGCUCCGCUGCUAACUGCUGCGCCCCAGCUUCAGCCCGGGUGCUGUUGUUUGUCAAUCAGCAUGGCGGUCGUCAUCCGUUUACAGGGACUAAGGGUCACCGCAGGUUCUGAGGAUAUUCGCAAGUUCUUCACUGGCCUCAAAAUUCCAAAUGGAGGAGUGCAUGUAAUUGGUGGGGAGCGAGGAGAAGCUUUCAUUAUCUUUGCUUCGGAUGAAGACGCAAGGAGAGCCAUGACGCGGUCAGGAGGUUGCAUCAAGGGGGCGACUGUUACACUGCUACUAAGUAGCAAAGCAGAGAUGCAGAACAUGCUGGAGAAAAGUACGUCAAAUGAGGGGCUGGAUCAAGAGAGGCGACUCGAGGAAAAUGCAAGACGCGCUAGAAGAUCUGCAGACCCAGAGUUGGGCAGGAGAUCGGCGAGCAGAUCAGAAUAUUCGCCCCCCCACCAGCAGAGGGCUUCAAACGCGAAUGACUUUGUCCACGUGUUUCUGAAAGGAUUGCCUUUUACCGUGACAGAGGAGGAAGUGCGUGACUUUUUCUCUGGUUUACUUAUUCGGGAAAUUGUCUUAUUGAAAAAUGCAAAUGGUUCACAAAAUGGGAAAGGUCUGGUCCUAUUUGCUACACCAGAGGAUGCAAAUGGAGCCCUGCAGAGGGAUAGGGGAUACAUUGGAUCGAGGUACGUGGAGAUAUCGGCAACCACAGCAGCCGAUUGGCGUCGGGCUACAGGUAAAGUGUCAAUGGCUGUCAACUCGCAUGAUAACUUUGAAAGGGAACGAUCACCUGUUCGCCAGCAGAGGAAUCCACUUCCUGUGAGAUCACAAUCUGCCGUUGCUCAAAGUCCAGUUGCUACCGAUGAUGAAUACUGCGUUUUGGUAGAAAAUCUUUCGUAUACAGCUAAAAAAGAAGAAAUAAAAAGGCUUUUUCGUAAUGCAAAGCUUGAGGAUGACCAGAUCCUGUACCUAAUGGAUGGCGAUGGGAGAAAAACUAGAUCCUCGUUUGUGCUCUUCAAGAAUCUGCGUGACUAUUGUGAUGCCUUAUCUCCGGAAAAACGGCUGUUUUUGAACCGAUGGAUUUAUACGCGGCCAAUCUCGAGAGAGAAAAUGAUCGCCCUUCUGGAAUCUCAGAGCACGGAUCCCAGAGCUCCUGCAACCUCUGAAAUGUUUCAGGAUCGUCCCCCGUCCCAUGACUUGGACAAAAUGUGUCUGUUUGUGCGGAACCUGCCGUUUGAUGUGCGGAAAGUAGAGAUCAUGGACUUCUUCCUUGGGUUCAAUAUCACAGAGGACAAGGUGUUUGUGCUGUGUGACCACGAAGGGGCUGGAGUUGGAAAGGCUUUGGUUCUCUUUGGGUCUGUGGCCCAGGCUAUGAGUGCACUCUCUCUCAAUGGACAACGGUUUCUCGGGUCAGAAGUCCUACUGAAGUGCAUCUCGCGGUCUGAGAUGCGGCAGCUGGGUGUUGAGCCGCCACUGGUGCAAGAGCCAAUUGUACAGGAGCCGCUGCCGAGACAAGAGCAAUUCUCCGGCAGUAGAAGUGCGGCUCCCUUCCGCCCCGCCAACGCGGAUUACGCUGACUUUAUGAUCUCUCCAGAUAGUAACGUACAGAUGACAAACCCACAGGCUCCCUCCAUGCACGGAGGUUCUCGUUAUGAGCCCCGUGGAGGAGGCCCUUGCACCUCACAAGGCCGAGGUAAUGGUGUGCCUGGUGGCUUUGGUCCCUCGAUCCAGCGUUUUGAUGGUCCUACCUGCGUUAAGCUACUUAAUUUACCAUUUCAAAUCCGAAGUGAGGAAAUCUAUGACUUUUGCUAUGGGUUUCGCGUUAUCCCUGAAUCUGUCUCACUCCAGUAUGACCAGAGGGGAAAAUCUAAAGGCACCGCAACUGCAGUAUUUGAGUCCCGUCAGGAGGCGUUGACAGCAGUUGAUGAACUGAGUGGAAGACCCAUAGGUCCAAGAAAGAUACAGCUUUUACUUGUGUAAAAUGAAAACCUCUUUUAUGGUACUGUAUGUGCCGAAGCAGUGUAGUGUGGACGUUUACACAAGGCUGGUGAAACAAGUUCAUUUAGGGGAAGAAAUGCUAUAUGUGCUCGUUAUUCAACUCUGUGUGACAUGGCUAUAUGUGAUUGUGACUACAGCAAAUUUAGCUUCAUAUAUAUAUAUUUUUUUCCUGCUUUUUUAAUGUUGAUAAGGAAAUCUAGUCUGAUGUGUUUAGCAUUCUAUGCUAAUCCUAAAGUGAAAGCACGAUAGUUUUUUGUUUUGAUUUAACUUCCAAAAUAUUGCCAAUUGUGUAUUUAAAUUGCAUUAUCAUAAAUGUGGAUUGUGUGAAAUGUGUUGAUUUAUAAAAUGCAUACUAUUUUGAA